GUGGCACUUCCCUUCGUACUCCUCAAUUUUUUAUUUUCUCUACUGCACCUGACAUGUCAUCAGCAGAACCCGCCAUUUACCGCCUGAAGGCACAGACUCAGUCUUACGAUUGGGGAAAGCUAGGUGAUGUUUCCAAAGUGGCUGAAUUCGCCAGAGCAAGCGGAACUACGACUGACAGCUCAACUCCAUAUGCCGAGUUGUGGAUGGGAACUCACCCAAACGCACCGUCUUAUACAAUGACGAAGGACAACCAAGAAUCCAAGGCGUUGAAAGACCUCAUAUCAGCCGAUCAAAAUCUAAGUACUCCAGAGGUCUACCAACAAUAUGAAGGUGAUCUACCCUUCUUGUUUAAGAUUUUGUCGAUAAGAAAAGCCCUUUCGAUUCAGGCUCAUCCCGACAAAACGCUUGGCGCUAAACUUUUCAAAGAGUUCCCGAACGUUUACAAGGAUCCCAACCAUAAGCCUGAGAUGGCUAUAGCAAUCACGCCAUUUGAAGCUUUGUGUGGAUUCCGUCCAUUGGAAGAAAUUGCAGGACAUUUAGAGCAAUUUCCUGAAUUUGCCAAUAUUGUUGGACAGGAUGUUGCUUCCAAAUUCAUUGCAACCGUAAAGCAGUCAAGUCAUUCAACUGACGAAAGUAGCGUCACACAGAAUAAGGCAGCAUUGAAGACUCUUUUCUCUGCCUUAAUGAACAAGGAACAGCCGGAGAUCACCAAGCAGCUCAACGCACUCGUCGAUAGAGUCAAAGGUCAAGACGGCAUUUUACCAGAACUCAUCACACGACUAGAUCAGCAAUACCCGGGCGGUGAUAUUGGCGUAUUUUCUGUUCUUAUGUUGAACUAUAUCAAACUUGCGCCUGGCGAGGCUAUUUUCUUGGGUGCCAACGAGCCUCACGCCUACUUGUCUGGAGACUGUGUGGAAUGCAUGGCUGCCAGUGACAAUGUGGUCCGAGCUGGAUUGACGCCAAAGUUCAAAGACGUUACUGUACUAGUGGAUAUGCUUACCUAUCGCUAUGGCUCCGCAAAAUCUCAAUUGAUGACAGCGGACGAAACUGAAGUACAUCAAGGUGUCAAGGGCCCAAGUAUUUUCAUUGUUACUGGUGGCGAAGGAUCUUUAACAGGCGAGAGCCUCAAGACUGAAAGUGACUUCCCUCUUCGUGCCGGAUAUGUUUACUUCAUUGGUGCUAAUGUUCCCGUCAAGUUUAAAGCUGACAGAGAUGGUUUGGAGAUUUAUCGCGCUUUUACUGUUAUUGGAUAAAAUUCAACAAUCAAUAAAUCAAAGAAUUGCAGAAUGACCUACAUUUAAGCGUCUUGCAGGUUUUUUUUUUCUUUCAUGUUUCUGGUUUCCCGUUUCAAAGCGGACCUUGUUUUGCUGGAAGGCAUUUCACCUGGCGUGACUUGCUUCGGCUGGAAGUACAUGCUGGCUUCCAAUUGUUCCGACUCAAAAAAAUGUAUUGCCGGUU